GUUGCCUACUUCACCGUCGGCGCGCGUGUGUUUAUAAAUUUGCGGCUCAGAGUUGCGCCUAUGGUUGAAAAUAUUUCAAUUGUUGCGAAACGAUAGUUUUAUUAUUAUAUACAAAAAUGGUGAAACUAACAGCGGAAAUUAUCCAGAAUUCUAUGCAAUAUAUAAACCCAGUUAAAGAUCGUGAGUUGGAUUUACGAGGAUAUAAGAUACCCGAAAUAGAAAACUUAGGUGCCACUGGCGAUCAGUUUGAUACCAUUGACUUUUCUGAUAAUGAUAUUCGCCGGCUAGAUGGCUUUCCAUAUCUUAAAAGGCUCAAGUGCUUAUUACUGAAUAACAAUCGAAUCAUGAGAUUGGGUGAACAUUUAGAAGAACACAUCCCAAAUAUGGAAACUAUAGUCUUAACAGGCAAUCAAAUUGAAGAGCUGGGUGAUAUUGAUCCAUUGACAACCCUUGAAAAAUUAACAUGUCUGAGUUUACUUCACAAUCCAGUCACGGCAAAACCGCACUAUCGACUGUACAUUAUCCACAAAUUCCCGAAUUUACGUUUGCUUGACUUCCGUAAGAUCACAUUAAAGGAGAAAAAAGAAGCUAAGCAUUUGUUUAAAAGCAAGAAAGGUAAAGAGUUGCAGAAGGAGAUUAAGGAGAGGGCGAAUACGUUUGUGCCAGGUGGGGAAGUACAAAACAUUGCUAAGAGUAAAGGACUUACUGAUGAUGAAGUUGAGAAAAUUCGGGAAGCAAUCGCCAAAGCAGCGUCAUUGGAUGAAGUUGAACGACUACAACAACUACUUGAAGUUGGACAUAUUCCUGGUGGUGAUGUUCAACAAAAUGGAAACAAUGGACACGCGAUGCUUGCAAAUAUGGAGGUCGAAGAUGGACCUGCAUAACUCCUCUAACAAUAGCCUUUGUGAGUAUUAGAAUAAGAAUUAAAUUUGAUUUAAGAAUAUUAAGUUAAUUUCCUACGCAAAGGUAUGAAUCAGAUAUAAAGUUGAUACGAAAAUAUGAUACUACACAAAGCGAAGCGAAAACACAAAGGGUUUAUGUAUUAAUUUCAGUUGCUAUUUGUUUUUGCAAUAAAUAAAAACUGUCUCCAUACUUUGAAUCAAGUCGGCGUUAUUAUCAUUCCUGAAUUCAAUUGUUUGAUGGUAAAAAGUCAAGUCGUAGCAUGUCACGACUCGAUCGGCAGUCGAAUCCCAGUCAAUAUCCAAAUUCGUCGUGGCGUGUUCUGGCCAAACCAAAUCAACUCUGCUAAAUUUUACCAAGUAGACACUGGACCCCUACGUAUAUCUUCGAAUAUUCCAUCUACAAUCCCGGUGAAAUUAAUUUCUACUGCUUGUAAAUUCCACGCACACUGAAAAUUCAAACAUGUGCGAUUCGCCUUGUCCGCCGACGUGCUUCAAGUACUGCUAUUACACACCGUCGCAGUGCUACGUCCCGGUGGAAUACUAUGUGCCGAUGAAUUGUUCCGUACCGGUGCAGUGCAGUCUACAGUAUGGCAGCCCGACGAUACCUGGAUGUCCCUGCCCGGCCAGUCCAUGCUGCAGCCCCAGCUGCAAUCCAUGCUGUCCUUAGUGAUGCAAUGAGUCAAAUGAAGACGGAGCGGAGUAUGGUUAUCAUGAAUAAUGGAAAAUGUGUCCCCCGUUUUGAUUAUGGUUGUGAUUUGUCUUUGUGUAUUGUCUGUAUCUGUGUACUGUGUACGUUGGUUGAGUCUGUGUUCCCGUUCGGUUGUGGCUUUUCCCCAGCUAAAUUGUUUUACAUAUUCUUCGUCUCGAUUUAAUUUAAUAUUCAUUUUAAUUUUGCUGAGUAAAAAAUGGAAUUCAUGAAAA